AUGGACGAGAUUGUGACGCGGGUCCGGCAGGAGCUUGCGCAGAAGUAUGGCCCGAUGAUGGUGCAGUGGUACGAGGCUGUCGACUGGCAAGAGCCGCUUAUCGUCGGCCUCAUCAGCUUCCACGUCCUCCUCCUCAUCGCGGUCUUGGGGCUCCGCCACGUCUACAGCGCCCAAGUCGUGCUCUUUGGCACCAUCUGCGGCCUCGUCGCGGUCGCCGAGCACCUCAACACGUGGGCGCACGGCCACUGGCGGCUCUUUGCGACGCAAAACUACUUCGACAAGAACGGCGUCUUCAUGGCCAUCUUUGUCUCGGGCCCGCUGCUCGCGAUUGGGUUUGUGCAGCUGCUGAGCAACCUCCAUGGUAUGGCCCACCUCGUCGUGUCGGUCAAGCGCCACGAGUACAAGCAAGAGCUGCUCUCAAAGAAGACGAAGCAUGCCGAGAAGAAGACGCAAUGA